AUGCUGUUAUCGGGCCUUGUGGCUCUUGUGCCAGUGGCUGCGCUCUACAUGCGGUUUGGCUGCGGCUGGAGGAUGCGUGUGAGCAAACGUGGACCGAAGGAUGAUGACGACGACCUUAAUGCGCAGGCCAACACUGCCACUACGGGGGUCGAUAGGGAGGCACGCAAACGGUACCAUGACGCACUUGAGCAGCUGAAGGAAAAUGCCAAUGAGAUGUUUAAAGGGGCGAAAUUCGAUACUGCGUUGGAGAUGUACCAGGGGUGCCUUGACAUGUGCGCCGCGCUGGGCACCGAGGAUGCCAAGGCGGUGCAGAUUUCUCAAGUUGUGCGCGCUAAUGUGGUGCUUGUUUUUCUGAAGCUCCAGAGGCCUGAGGAAGCGCGGAUGCUGGCGACGUUUUUGUUGCAGGACGAUACAAGCCCCGUCGAUGGGGAGUUGAAGGUGAAGGUGCUUUACCGGCGCGGGCUUGCCAGCCAGGAACUCGGGGACCGUGAAUCGGCUUUGUGCGAUUUUAAUGCCGCUGUUGCAUUCUCGCCCGGUGGGAAAAAUCCAGCGGUACAAAGCGCCAUUGUGGCUCUCUCCCGCAGUGCCACGGCAUGA